AUGCACAGCGCGUUGCGCAUUUCCCAAGACAAGCUCUUCAACCAUUCAAUCGGCAAGCGGAAGUCUUCUGUCUGCAACAAAUGGACAGCCGUCAGCAUCUCGGUUUCCAGGAGGAACCCUCUCAGUGACAGGACAGCCAGGAACAGGCCGCACAGCGUCCCCAACAUCAGACGAAAGCAGUUCGUCGAUCUCGAGGAGUUCGAUCUCAUCGAGCGUGGCCAAUGGGACGUCCCAGGCCCCAGGCGUCGUCAGCACGUCAGAGGUGUCAAACUCGACGUUUACCAGAAACCCUUCAAGUACAGGGUCAUCCGCACUUUCAGACGCCUCCUCCCGCAGCCUGAGUGCUUUACCCAUAGCGAACACAUCAACAACAAGUCCAGCAAUGCCACAAUAUCCGCCUCGCCAAGCGGCAACUCCAGCAGACCCGCGACGAAACUUACCGACACGAUCGAAGGAAAUUCAGUCGUGGUCUUGACGGUUCCCACGGGUUACGAACCAGAUGUGUCAUGCAUAUCGACCAGCGACGGCGCCGUACCGACAACCUGGUCCAUCGUCUACACCUCCACGACGACUUUCUAUGGGGAUCCGGCAGACUAUACGCCCCCUCAGCCCGAAAUAACUGUCCCAAUCACAUGCUCUCCUUUGGGUAUAGGAGAAGGAAAAUCGAAAUCGCGCAUGGCGUCUGGAUUCGCGACAUGCACGGAUGGGAGUGGAUGCACCGCCGCCGCUCUGCCAUCCAUGGUGUUCACCAUGUCCACGCCAAAGAUAGGACCUAUUACGACCUAUACGUUCGUCACGACGGCCAAGAACCCGUCAGUCGUUUAUUCACCCAUCAGCACACCACGGUACGGCCAUGAUCCUGAGACGAAGGCCCCGCAAGAUAAGCACACAGCUGUGAAACCUGCAGACAAGCCCACCGACAAUCCCCGGCAGCCGGCCCCCAACGACCAGAAGCCACCCGACUCGCCGACAAACCAGCCUCAGCCGGCCCCAGACAAUCAGAGGCCACCCGAGUCGCCAACGAGCCAGCCUCAGUCGCCUCCAAACGACCAGAGGCCACCCGCAUCAACGGUUCCGCCACGUGCGAGUGUAAAGGAACCACCAAAAGCCACUUACACAAUCACCGUCGAGCCCACCAAGGUCAUCGUCAACGAUCAGACGUUCACAGUGACGAACCCCUCCGAGACACUUCAAGUCAGCGUGAGCGGUGCGGAAUUCACAAUCAACCCGAGCGAGGUAGUCGGUGGAGGUACCGUUGUUGACCGGCCGGGCAAUGUUGGCCGAAGCACCGUGGCACCUUCGAGCACCGUCGUGGGAGAUGUACCAGUCGUCGUUGCACCAGAUAGUUUACAAAAUGUUGUAGUGGUGGGAGGGACGACGUUCGAGCUGCAAGCUACACCAGUCGUGGCCGUGGUCCAGGGGCAGACCAUUACGAUUCAGUCUUCCGGCAUCGUGUUCCCGAAACAAACGGUGUCGAUCAAUCGAUCGUCACCGACGCAGACGGAGAUUGUCGUUGCGGGCGGCGAGAUGGUGACCGCUAUUGGUCCCAGUGUCGUGGUCGUUCACUCGACGACGUUCACGUAUGGCCUGGCGUCGUCCACCAUCACAGAGAUUGUCGACGAUGAUACCAUUCUGAUAGGGCCAUCAGGGGUCAUUGUGCACAACGUGACCUUGGGCGGCCCAAACGCGAAGGUCUCGGACACGGCCUUUGAGAUCGUGGGUGGUGCGACGAUCACACAGGUAGGAGCUUCGGCGGUCGUCGUGGAAGGCAAGACGUUCACAGUCGGUCCAGGGAGAGGGACCACGACGACCGUCAUUGGUGGUGAAACCAUCAUAAUUGGCCCAUCCGGGGUAGCUGUGUCAACCCUCAGCCUGCGCUACCCCUUUGGGCCGACGGUUGUCACCACAAUCAGCGCGCCGACAGCCACAGCGCCGUCGGCGCCGGCACCUUCGGAGACGAAAACGAACGGCGGUCUAGGUGUGAGGCACGCGAAGAGGACAGCAGGUCCCCAAGUUGAGUUUUGCAUAGCGAUCGGCGUCUGGGUUCUGGGUCGGUUGGUUUGA